AUGAAAGCCAGGAAUCACACAAGUGAGUCUGACUUCACGCUUAUGGGGCUGACAGAUUCCAAGAAGAUCCAGUUGUUCCUCGCGCUGCUGUUUCUCUUGAUAUACACACUCACUGUGCUGGGCAACAUAGGCAUGAUGCUCAUCAUCCGUCUAGAUGCCCAGCUUCACACUCCAAUGUACUUCUUCCUCACCCACUUGUCAUUGCUUGACCUCAGUUAUUCAACUGUCAUCACACCUAAAACCUUACAGAACCUAUUGACUUCCGUAAAGAGCAUUUCCUUCAUGGGGUGCUUCAUCCAAUUGUACUUUUUCGUCCUCUUGGCAGCUGCUGAAUGCUUUAUACUCUCAUCAAUGGCCUAUGACCGCUACGUAGCUAUCUGCAAGCCCCUACACUAUCCAGUUAUUAUGUCCACAAGGCGCUCCCAUACUCUCAUCACUGUGUCAUACUUGAUUGGAGCUAUGGAUUCCUCUGUCACUGUCUUUUGCUUAAGCACAUUGAAUUUCUGCAGUUCCAAGGUAAUUCAUCACUUUUUUUGUGACACAUUCCCUAUUUUAGCCUUGUCCUGCAGUGACACGUAUGGAGCGGAAGCCACUAUAUUCAUUUUAGCUGGCUCUACCUUACUGCUGUCCCUUAUCACAAUAUCCUCAUCCUAUGUGUCCAUUCUCUCUACAAUUUUGAAGAUAAAUUCUUCGUCAGGUAAGCACAAAGCCUUCUCCACCUGUGCCUCACAUCUUGUGGGGGUUACUGUUUUUUAUGGUACCAUGAUCUUUACUUAUUUAAAGCCAAGUAAGUCCUACUCACUGGGAAAGGACCAAGUGGCUUCUGUUUUUUACACUAUUGUGAUCCCUAUGCUGAACCCACUCAUUUAUAGUCUCAGAAAUAAAGAAGUGAAAAGCGCUGUAAUCAGAGUUGUGAAGAAAGCGAAGGUCCCCAGAAAUUAA